CGGAGCGCUCGCGGGUCGGCAGUGAUCCGCCCUCGUCUUCCCGGCUGCUUCUGGAGCGCGGGGAGCGCUCUCCUCGCCGCCCCUCUCGCCGGAUACCCGGCCCCCGAUGGCUCGGAUGGAGCUUGCGGGCGCCGCUGGACGCUGGUGGGGACUCGCUCUCGGCUUGACCGCAUUCUUCCUCCCAGGUGCCCACACGCAGGUGGUCCAGGUGAACGACUCCAUGUAUGGCUUCAUCGGCACAGACGUGGUGCUGCACUGCAGCUUUGCCAACCCACUGCCCAGCGUGAAGAUCACCCAGGUCACGUGGCAGAAGGCCACCAACGGCUCCAAGCAGAACGUGGCCAUCUACAACCCUGCCAUGGGCGUCUCAGUGCUGGCGCCCUACCGCGAGCGGGUAGAGUUCCUGCGGCCCUCCUUCACCGAUGGCACCAUCCGCCUGUCCCGCCUGGAGUUGGAGGACGAAGGGGUCUACAUCUGCGAGUUUGCCACCUUCCCUACGGGCAACCGUGAGAGCCAGCUCAACCUCACUGUGAUGGCCAAACCCACCAACUGGAUAGAGGGCACCCAGGCAGUGCUUCGAGCCAAGAAGGGGCAGGACGACAAGGUCCUGGUGGCCACCUGCACCUCAGCCAACGGGAAGCCCCCCAGUGUGGUAUCCUGGGAAACACGGCUGAAGGGCGAGGCAGAGUACCAGGAGAUCCGGAACCCCAACGGCACGAUGACGGUCAUCAGCCGGUACCGCCUGGUGCCCAGCCGGGAAGCCCACCGGCAGUCCCUGGCCUGCAUCGUCAACUACCACAUGGACCGCUUCAAGGAGAGCCUCACCCUCAACGUGCAGUAUGAGCCCGAGGUGACCAUCGAGGGGUUCGACGGUAACUGGUACCUGCAGCGGAUGGACGUGAAGCUCACGUGCAAGGCCGAUGCCAACCCCCCGGCCACCGAGUACCACUGGACCACGCUGAAUGGCUCUCUCCCCAAGGGCGUGGAGGCCCAGAACAGAACCCUCUUCUUCAGGGGACCCAUCAACUACAGCCUGGCUGGGACCUAUGUCUGUGAGGCCACAAACCCCAUCGGCACCCGCUCGGGCCAGGUGGAGGUCAACAUCACAGAAUUCCCCCACACCCCGUCUCCUCCUGAACAUGGGCGGCGCGCCGGGCCGGUGCCCACGGCCAUCAUUGGGGGUGUGGCAGGGAGCGUGCUGCUGCUGCUGAUUGUGGUCGGCGGGAUCGUGGUGGCCCUGCGCCGGCGCCGGCAUACCUUCAAGGGCGAUUACAGCACCAAGAAGCACGUGUACGGCAACGGCUACAGCAAGGCGGGCAUCCCCCAGCACCACCCGCCCAUGGCGCAGAACCUGCAGUACCCGGAUGACUCGGACGACGAGAAGAAGACCGGCCCGCUGGGCGGGAGCAGCUAUGAGGAGGAAGAGGAGGAGGAAGGGGGAGGAGGGGGUGAGCGCAAAGUGGGCGGCCCCCACCCCAAGUACGACGAGGACGCCAAGCGGCCCUACUUCACAGUGGAUGAGGCCGAGGCCCGUCAGGACGGCUACGGGGACCGGACUCUGGGCUACCAGUACGACCCCGAGCAGCUGGACUUAGCUGAGAACAUGGUUUCUCAGAACGACGGGUCUUUCAUUUCCAAGAAGGAGUGGUAUGUGUAGCCCCCCUUGCAGAGCCUCUGUACCCACUCUACCCAGCCCCUACCCGCACGCCCCCUGCCCGACCCCCACCACAGACUCCACCAGGAGCUCAACAGAGACUCAGCCCCAGCUGCCCAAAGCCAGCCCCCAACGGGGGAGCCAGGGGAGCCCAAGGCAGAUACAACUUGGCUUUGUUUUUUAUUUCCCCCUUCUCCGCAGCCCCUUCCCCAUGGUGUUGUGUUCGACUGUGGCUUUGGUGUCGCUGUAUCUUUCCUUUACCAACCGACCCCCCACCUGCCCUCUGUGUAGGGAGCCCUGUUCUCGUCUUGUGUACCUGGGCAUCCCUCCAGGGUUUGGGGAGCCAGCCCUCCCCCACCCCCGACACUGGAAUUGUUUGUGUUUUCUUCUGUGGGGGA